AUGCCUCUGGUCUUCUCAGCGCGGAUGCGCAUGCUCUGGGGCCACGCUCCUCGUGUACGGUCGGCUGCCGCAUUUCGUCGUGGUCUCGCCACCGUCACGGAUGUUCCAUCAAGACCCCCAGUCGAUGUGAUUGUCAUUGGAGGAGGCCAUGCAGGAUGCGAAGCCUCAGCGGCGGCCGCAAGAACCGGAGCACGAACGACCCUGAUCACGCCUUCAUUCGACAACCUAGGAGUAUGCAGUUGCAAUCCAUCGUUUGGAGGGAUUGGCAAGGGGACGAUGAUGAGGGAAAUUGAUGCGCUGGAUGGAGUGGUCGGGAGGAUAACGGAUAAGGCUGGAGUGCAGUUCAGGAUGUUGAAUCGAAAGAAGGGGCCUGCGGUUUGGGGACCUCGGGCACAGAUUGAUCGGGCGCUGUACAAGAGAUAUAUGAGGGAAGAGAUGCUCACUUAUCCGGGACUGGAGGUCAAAGAAGGCAAGGUUGCGGAUAUUGCGGUUGAUCGAUCUGAAGAGGCGGUGGCAGAAGGUCGACAUGGGCGGAUAACAGGAGUAAGGUUGGAAUCUGGAGAGGUGAUUGAUGCGAAGAAUGUGGUUAUUACAACGGGGACGUUCUUGGGAGGCGAGAUCCAUAUCGGUCUGGAUGUGUUCCCCUCAGGGCGGAUGGGCGAGGCUGCGACCUUUGGCUUGUCCAAGUCGUUAAGAGAGGCAGGUUUCCAACUGGGCAGGCUCAAAACCGGCACCCCCCCACGACUGGAUAAACGAACAAUCGAUUUUGAAAAGUUGGAAGUACAACCAGGAGACGAACCACCUACGCCGUUCUCAUACCUCAACGACAAAGUCCAAGUCGAACAACAGCUCAACUGCUGGAGCACUCACACCAACCUCAAAUCCCAUGAGAUCAUCCGCCAGAACCUCGACAAGAGCAUCCACAUCCGCGAGACAGUCAAAGGACCCCGAUACUGCCCAUCCCUCGAAAGCAAAGUCAUCCGCUUCACCUCCAAAGACGCCCAUCUCAUCUGGCUCGAACCCGAAGGCUUCGACAACAAUGUCAUCUACCCCAACGGCCUCAGCAUGACAGUCCCCGCUGAAGCCCAAGAAACCAUGCUCAGAACCGUCGUCGGCCUCGAAAACGUCAAGAUGCUCCAACCCGGCUACGGCGUCGAAUAUGACUACAUCGACCCGAGAGGACUCCGCAGCACACUCGAAACGAAAUCCAUCACCGGCCUCUUCCUCGCCGGCCAAAUCAACGGCACAACAGGCUACGAAGAAGCCGCCGCCCAAGGCAUCCUCGCAGGUAUCAACGCAGGGAACUCUGCCGUCGGCCGCGCACCCUUCACCCUCUCCCGCGCCGACGGCUACAUCGGCAUCAUGAUCGACGACCUCACCACCAAAGGCGUCAGCGAACCCUACCGCAUGUUCACCUCGCGCAGCGAAUACCGCAUGUCCGCACGCGCCGACAACGCCGACCUGCGCCUAACCCCCAAAGGCCACGCCGCGGGCAUCAUCACCCCGAAACGCUGGUCCGCCUUCUCCACCACCAAAACCGACCUCGACGCCCUCCGCACCCUCCUCUCCUCCACCCCCCUCUCCUCCCAAACCUGGAUCCAGCACGGCUUCCCCGUCCGCAGCGACUCCCUCAAACGCACCCCCUUCGACCUCCUCCGCCACGCCAACAUCACCACCGCCCACCUCCUCCCCAUCCUCCCCCAACUAGCCCACUACCCGCCCUCCCUCCUCGCCCGCAUCGACAUCGAAGGCACCUACGCGCCCUACAUCACCCAGCAGGCCUCCGCCGCGGCGUCCAUGGCGCGGGAUGAGAAUCUCUCGCUUCCGUAUGGGAUGGAUUUUUCCAAGGUGCAUGGACUGAGUUGGGAGGAGAAGAAGGUUUUGGGCGAGACGAGGCCGGAGAGUGUGGGGCAGGCGAGACGGGUGGAGGGCGUUACGCCUGCGGGGGCGUUGGCGCUGUUGGCGUGGGUGAGGAGGUUUGGUGGUGGGGGGAAUGGUGGGAAGCGGGUGGUGAAGGGGACUGUGGAGGGGGUUGAGGCUGAGGCUUUGGCGUGA